AAAGCAAUUUUAGCUACCAAUGCUCGUUCUGCUUUCAUGAAGUCAUUAUUACAAAAUACGUCGUAAAUGUAACUUUUUAAUUUUGAGGCCAAACCGGACACUAUGCUUAAAACUGGACCAUUCUCACUAAGCAGGAGACUGCACUGCAGUCGCUGCCAGGCCCCAAUAUAGAGAGGAUUCCGUUCGGUCACUGCGCCACCCACAUCCAGCGUCAGACAGAUGUUAACCCCCUCUCUGCAUUCUGAGCACGUCUCUUUGAGCUCGGUUCCGCGUGCGAGCUGCUGGAACGGCAGGCAGGUCACCGUCCUGUCGCAGCGGGCUGCCGCCUGGCACACACGUGCAGCCCCCGCCGCCGGCCGCCGCCCUAUGCACAGCGCGCACACCGUGCACGAUCCGUGCACAGCGCCUGCAGGCGGCGCCACCGGCCGGCACCGGAGCUCAGCCCCAGCUGUUCGUCGUCGAGCGCCAGCCGGCAGCCGGCUAAAAGAGAGCGACCGCCCGCGCGCCGGCAGUCGCGUGCUGCCGGGUGCCGGGGUUGGCUGUGACACUCCCGUCCCAGCUCUUCUGGUCAUCGAGCUUCCAUCUGCUGGUUCAUCAGCGCCUCAGAGUUCUCAGGAUGGCCUCGGAUCUGAGCCCCGGUCUCCUGCGGGAGACGUUCCAGAUCUGCCACGAGCGGCACAUGAAGCAGCUGCAGGGUUUCGUACAGUGUCUGUGUGAAAACUCGGCCGACCUGUGCCGCUCGCCGGCCUACCACACAAUGCCGACAGCCGUGACGGCCACGACGCCCGGCGUCACGACGUCGUCACUGGCGCCGAGCGGACCGACAGCGUCGCCUUCUCCGUUUGUGCCCACCGACUGGACGAGGAGCUACAGCGUCACCGCCGGCCUGUGCGCCCUCUUCCUGGCCAUGUGCGCCGUCAUCAUCGUGCUCAGGAUCAUGUCGAAGCGCAACGAGCCCCAGUCGCAGAACAGAGUCAGUGUGGCGACUGUUCCGGUGCCUGACUCGGAGCCCCCUCCGUACGACGUGGUGGUGCGUCUGCCACCCUCCUACAUCUCGCGCGAGCCUCCUCCGUACUGCGAGAUCGACGUCGACAAGUACCCCAGUCCGCUGAUCUGUCCGCGGGUGCCGGGGAACGUCCGAUCGGUGGCGGGCAGCUCGGCCAGCCUGGACACGGAAGGAUCGACGUCCAGCGGCGCGUCCAGCAGCGACCGGCAGAGAGACAGCUGCGGAGAUCUGGAGGCGGCCAGCGGCGAUCAGACGGCCGAGUCUCACGCCAGCGCGUCCUCGGCUGCGGCUGGGGCCAGUCCUGGCGCGGUAGCGUCGAGCUGUGACAUUUCUGAGGACAGUGCGGCUGCCGCGACGCCCUCGUGUGAUGUCGCGGUGGUCUCAGAGGUCAGGGAUGUCAGCAAUGUGACCUCCAGGGGUGGCGAGGGCACCUCAAGGUGACCAGGUCACUCAGAGGCUCAUAGGGCACUUUGGAACACGUGACAGUGCCUUGUAAUUUGUGAUGUUGGUGAGCGAUGUUUUUUAUGGUUUUGUACACAUAUUGUUAAUCCCGUUGGAUGCCGCCGGGUUGCUCCUCGGGUCGUUCCCCGAGUCUGUUCGUGCGGACACUCGCGUCGCCUUGUUCAAAAGGCGACUGCGCAGUUGUGACCUGUUCGUGAUAGUCACCGCACGUGACCUGGCUCGCACGUUGUGCGCUGUGGUGCUGUUUGUUGCCGAACCAGUGAGCUUCACAUUCCUUAUUCAGUGACUGGCGGACCGGACGCAUUUCGAUGGUGGUCGUCCCUUGUUUGUAACCACUGAUGCCAUUAUUCAGAAUCAGUGACGAGCCUGCCGCGUGAUGCCUUUCAGUUUCGACUAUACUAAUUUCACAUGUAGGUACGAGUACCUACUGUGGGUGUAUCCUCGACUAGUGUUAUGUCGCCCCUGCCUGGCGCUUUCAUCAUUUGACCUCAUCAUUCUAUGCAUGCGCAGUGCCCCAUCCAUGUGUCUAUUGUGUAUAGUGAACUUGUAUAGGGGAAUCGAAUGUGAUGAUAUUUAUGGGCAUUUUUUUGCCACUUGCACAAGGAAUACACAAAAAUAAUU